GGCAGACGAUUCGGGCAAAACAAAUCCUAUCCUCCUCCGUUCCACCUAGUCACUCACCACUGCCCAUUCUAUCCGUGUGUGCUGCUGCGCGAGGUGAGACAACAAUGGCCCUGGAGACGUGCUUCAGAGCGUGGGCGCUGCACGCGGCCCCUGCCGGCGGCAAGGACAGGCUCCUCGCCGGUGGCAGCAGCACUAGCUUCGCGCCGUCCAAGCGAGCCGCCGCCGCCGCGCCGCUGUCGGUCGGCCGCGUCGCCACGCCGCGGCCGCGGCACGUCUGCCAGUCCAAGAACGCCGUGGACGAAGUGCUGGUGGCGGACGACGCGAACUGGGAUGGGAUGGUGAUUGCGUGCGAGACGCCGGUGCUGGUGGAGUUCUGGGCGCCGUGGUGCGGGCCGUGCCGGAUGAUCGCGCCGGUGAUCGACGAGCUGGCCAAGGACUACGCCGGCAAGAUCAAGUGCUGCAAGGUGAACACCGACGACAACCCCAAGGUGGCCUCCACCUACGGCAUCCGCAGCAUCCCCACCGUCCUCAUCUUCAAGGGCGGCGACAAGAAGGAGAGCGUCAUCGGCGCCGUCCCGAAGACCACGCUCACGACCCUCAUCGACAAGUACAUCGGCAGCUAGCUCCAUCACAACGAGCAUGCCGUCAACUGGGAUUCAUGACCAUCGACUUAAAUACAUACGUGCCCGUGCUCCCGCACAUACGCCAUCAUGUAUCUCUUGUUGCAUACGGAUGAUGCGAUGCGUUAAUUCAGGCAGCAGUCUGCUACUGCUCUCGGUUAUACUAUGUCCAAUCCAAGUCCAUCAAUUAGUUUCAGUGCAUGAUUUUCACUAUACAUCAAUUAAUUCAUGUGUGUAUAUUACUAUUAUUACUACCA